AAUACAUUCCGCCAUUGUUGGUGAACAAGUUCAGUUUCAGACUUUCAGUCCAGACUACAGUCAAGAUUGCUGAGACAUAACUCGAAACCAGAACACAACUGUAAAGAGUCUGAGAAAUUGGUCGGGUAGGGAGGGAAAGAGGUUUUAAUUGUCUCCUGUCUCCUUUCUCGCGGCCACUUCGCCGCCAAGACUCUGAUUGGGCCGCCAUUGAUGAACCCAGACCCAGUCACAGACAUAACGUGAAUGUUCUGUCCAUUUCAAUCUUCCCUUUAUAUUAUCCCACACGGAGACACUUAGAAAAAAUAACAAACUUUAUUCUUUUGCUGGAUCUUGAAGCUACCAAAAAUCAAAACGCGACCCAGUUCCUCGUCGGCCAAAACAUAGUUUGACUUGUUGUUUGUUGCGUCAUUGCUUCUUACGGAGUCAAAGGUUGGAACAUCGAGGGAUUCACGGUCCGUGAACCGCGUGGAGGCUACAAGAAGAGGUUCUAUAAAGAAAAAAGAAGCCAGCUUUUCAGUUAUUUGUUGUGAUUGAGAUGAAGAGUGUAGAAGUCGAUGAUGAGUUCUUUGAUUCAUCUGAUGUUUUGUCCGUUGGACAAGUAGAGGAAGAAGAGUUUCAAGUUUGGUCGGGUGAGCCAGUUAGUGUUGAGGAACGUCGUGAACAGUUCCUCAAGAAAAUGGGUCUACUCGAGGAGAAACCGUACUCCUCUAUAUGUUUCAAGAGGAUAAAUGAUGACAGCGAUGAGGUUACUAGCUCUUCAGAGUCAUCUUGUGGUGAGUGUUGUGUUAGGGAAGAGAACCACGGAUCAACUAAUUCAAUGUCUGAUGAGGAAGAGACAGAAUCAGAACAAAGCUCAAUGUCUAAUGCUUCUUCAAGUCCAUCUCCGAGUUUCAGCAAGAAGAUGACUCCGAAGAAAUGGUUGUUCGAGUGCUUCGUAGGAGAAGAUGAAUACAAGUCAAAGGAAGAAGUGACGAUGAGCAAAGUGAAAGUGAAGACUAACAAGAAGAGUCAUGUGGAGUUAUCCGCAGCGUACAAGGUACAAGAGAUUAAUGGACACAAAGGGAAGAUUUGGGCGUUGAAGUUUAGUCCUGAUGGUAAGUUCUUAGCAACGGGAGGCGAAGAUGGAUUUGUGAAGAUAUGGAGAAUCACGUUAUCAGCUUCUUUCGUCGGGCAAGAGCUAAUGAGGGAACAUGAAGCGUUGGUUAUGUUCCCUCGGAAAGCUUUUUAUCUUGAAGAAACACCGUUUCAAGAACUCUAUGGUCACACCGGAGAUGUCUUGGACUUGGCAUGGUCAGACUCAAAUCUGCUUCUUUCAGCUUCUAAAGACAAGACAGUUCGGUUAUGGAGAGUUGGUUGUGACGAGUGUCUUCAUGUCUUUCAUCAUAACAACUACGUGACGUGCGUUCAGUUCAACCCUGUGAACAAGAACAACUUCAUAAGCGGAUCCAUAGAUGGAAAAGCUCGAAUCUGGGGCUUAUCAGAACAGAGAGUCGUCGCUUGGACCGACGCUCGUGACUCCAUUUCUGCAAUCUGCUACCAACACAACGGCAAUGGGUUCGUCGUUGGUUGCAUCACCGGAGAUUGCAGGUUCUAUCGAAUCUCAGGUGACGAAGUGUUAACGGAGGAGCAGAUUCAUAUCAGGGGGCGAAACAGAAUCACCGCCGUGGAGUUCUGUCCGGGAAGCUCCGAGAAAGUAGUGGUAUCUUCCGAUGACUCGAAGCUCCGGAUCUUUGAUAGAUCCAAGAUCCUUCAAAAGUUCAAAGCUUCGGCGAAGUUUGGGAAACAGUCGUCGGCGUCGUUUGUUUCUUCCGCCGGGAAACAUAUUUUAUCAGUGCGACGAGGCCACGGUGUCUUCCUCUGGGAUAACGAUGGCUUUCCGGCGAAGAAACAAGCGACGACGUCGCGCUCUUUCGAGUAUUUUAACUCGCCGGGUGUUUCCGUCGCGGCGGCUUGGUCUCCGACGGGAAAUGAAGUGUCCAGAGUGUCCUUAGAAGAGGACGAAACUCGGCGAGCGUUGAGACAGCUACAGAGCUCCGGGAGAUUGUCUCGUUCCUCUCGUGUGACCGCCACGUGGCCUGAGGAGAAGCUUACGUCCUCCGUCGGCGGCGCGUGGAGGCUUGUGAUUGUUACGGCGAGUUUAGAUGGGGUGAUUAGGACAUUCCAUAAUUAUGGACUGCCACGUAAUUUGUAGAAAUAUAGAGGUUUAGAUUGUAAUUUCGCAAACAUAAAAAUUUAGAAAUUAGUAAAGCUGACAUGUGCAUACCAUUGUGGGCAAAGUAAAACAACUGAGCUGACAUGUGCAUACCAU